AUUUUAACUAAUUCAUUUUUGCUGUUAUAAAAGACUGUGUGAACAAUAAUAAUUCAGUUACUUUUAGUAAACUCUAUUGAAGUGUCGUUACAAUUUUCACCGGUGCAAUCGAAUAGAAGUUUAAAAUGGUGUUUUCAACUCAAUGCAUCCUGUUUUGCUUGAUCAUAAUUGGGAUAUUUAAAAUUAUUGCCUACUAUAUUGACUAUAAAGAAUUUUUUAAAAAAGCUUCUUUACUUCCUGGUCCUAAAACUAUUCCAAUAUUGGGUAAUGCUCACCUUCUUUUAAAGAAAAAAUCGAAUAUUCUAAAGGAAGCCAAUAUAUUGAUUAAAUUGUAUCCAUCGAUAUUUAGAUUGUGGAUAGGAAACUGCUUGUAUGUCACCAUUUGUGAUCCAAAACUUAUCCAAACUUUUCUCUCGAGCAAUAAAGUACUGAAGAAAGGUAGCCUUUAUAAGUUCUUUCAUUCCAUAAUAGAAAAAGGAGUAUUUUCUACAUCACCUCCCGCUUGGCAGACUAACAGAAAAUUUAUUAUGCCAAUAUUUCAAACCAAGAAAUUACAUUCGGCUAUCGAUAUUUUUAACAAAUAUGCAAUUGAAUUAGUAAAUAUUUUAUCAACUAAAGAAAAUAAUGACAAAUUUGAUAUAACAGAUAUGCUCAAUAUUUACACAGUACAAGUUACUGUAGAUAGCUUUAUGGGCGAUUCAAUUAAUUUAGAAAUGAAUGAGGCAGAUAAAUAUGGUAAAUUAAUGUCGAGGCUACUUCAACUUGUUAGCAAAAGAACUAUGAAUUUUUUUUUGCAUCCAAAUAGUAUUUUUAAGUUUUCACAAUUGUCAAAAGAUACUAAUGAAAUUAUUGAGUCCUUAAAUAAAAUUACAAAUAAGAUUAUUCAAAAACGAAGAGAAUUCCUUAAAAGUGAAGAUAAAGUAAUAGGUGACAGAGAUAAAACGUUAUUUUUGGAUAAAAUAAUAGAGCAAUGUGAUGAUUUGAAUGUGAUCGAUGAUAUUCAAUUACAACAUGAAGUCAAUACAAUAUUAUUUUCGGCAACUGACACUACUUUAAUUACUAUUUCAUUCGCAGUAUUGGUAUUAGUUACAUUUCCUGAAAUACAGAAAAAAGUAUACGAAGAGCUUUACACAUUAUUUGGAUCUGCGGAUCCUGAGGAUAAUCCAAUUACAAUUCAUGAUUUAAAUAAAAUGGAUUAUUUAACAAGAGUAAUCAAUGAAACUUUACGUUUUUUUUCUCCGGUUCCAUAUAUUAUACGAGAAGUAAUGGAUGAUCUUAAUAUUGGAGAGUACACAUUACCAAAAGGAUGUCAAGUAAUUAUUCCAAUUUCGAAAAUUCAUAAAAAUGAAGAAUUUUGGCACGAACCGGAAAAAUUCAAUCCUGAUAGAUUUCUUCCUGAUGAAGUCUUACAACGACCGACUUGUUGUUUUUUGCCUUUUAGUGCCGGUUUAAGAAAUUGCAUGGGUUACAAAUUUGGUAUGAUGGCAAUGAAAAUUGUUUUGGCAACGAUUCUUCGAAGAUUUGUUCUUACAUGUGAUGAAAUUGUACCUUUACAUGAGGUAAAACUAAAGCAUGAAAUAUUCAUGAAACAAUGUGAACCAAUUAAAAUUAGAAUUCAAAAGAGAAAUUAGGCAAACACUAAUCUUACAAUACGCUCGGUUAUUGGGAAAAACAAUAUAUUAUUUUUUUUUAAAAACAAACUUCUUGGGUUGAAAUAUAAUUUUAAUGAAACAUAUAUUACAUCAAAAACAAUAAAAAAAACCAACAACGUCGGGGGUAAUAAUAAUUUAUAAAUUAAUUUAUAUUUCAUUACCUUUAUAUUUUUCGGAAAUGUUGAAAAUUCAAUUUUAAAUUUUCUGUCUAAAAAUUGUAUACAUUUCAAAAAUAUAGUUAUUUUCAGUCGGCACAGAA